UUUAUAUGCACAUUCGCAUGAGCUUUUGCAAUUAACCGUUUGCGCAUCGAGAACGAUAGGUUUAUGUAGUUCUGAGCGCGCAUAAUUGAAGCUGUUAGCCGUCGUCAAGCAAAGAAGUAGGACACACUGCGAAAUAAACCAGCCUUUGCGCCAAUCCAGCCCGAUUAAGGUUAAAUUCGCAAGCGUUUUUAUUAACUGAGAACGACGGUUAACAUCUUUAUUUCGCAGUAAAUCGGCAAAAUAUCUUUGGAGUUUGCGUAUACAGUAGCAUCUACGCUCGUAGCAGUGGCAGUUUUCCUGCAUAGGGUCUACAGCAGUUCGGAGCGACUUUGCCAUACGUCGAACUUCGGCCUUAAUACGUACUGACUUGUCAUCGUGAAUUGCCUGCAAGAUGACACGCGAUCCUCCACGCCGAGUCACUCGCUCAAAUACGGAAAGCGACUCCAAUGUCGACGCCGAUGCAGCCGCAGGUGAAAGGAACACCACUGCAGUAAACCAGACUUCUGCCGCCGAAACAUGUGUUACUGCGACCACCAGCGGAGCCCCAGCUAGGGGCGCUUCCGCAACAUUCGUAGCUGCUAGUAUCCCAGAUGGUAGCGAUACAGCUCCCACUGCGGCCGGAUCCAUUAAGGCCAGGCAGAGAGCCGAGUGAAGCCGCUCCUGCCGCUGUAGGAGCCACGAAGAAUUUGCCAGCCAGGGAACCUAGCAACGCCGCUCCCACUGCUGCCGGAGCUAUUAAGAUCGUCACAUCCAGGGAAUCCAGAGACGCCGUUUCUGGUGCAGCCGGAACUGUUAAGGUUGCCCCAGCCAGGGAACCCAGUGUUGCCGCUCCCAAUGCCACCGGGGCAAUUAAGAAGGUUCCCGCAUCCAAGACUGCCGCAGCUCCCACAAGCUCGUCGUCUAUUGUCACAUCUCGACAAGAAAGUGACCUUCUGGCCAUGGAAAGACAAAUCGCCCUGCUGGAAAGGGCUUUGAAGGAACGUGAUAUACAAAACGAGAUUCUGAAAGUGGCGCUCCAGAAUAACGGUGGUACCGGUAGUAGCGCAGCGUCUGUAUGCGCUGACGUCGCCACACAGCGGUCGCCCGCGUUGCCAUCGACGCAACCGUUAUCCGUGCAGCCGGUAACUGUACAUGCAAAUACGGGACCAACAUUCGCCGACAUCCGCUAUUCGCUUCCAGCCAGUACAGCUACUGUGUAUAGCUCAGCCAACGGGACAUCGGCCACUUGCAGCACCUCAUCGAUAGCAGGUAACCAAUACGAUGCUUCAACCGUUCCCGCCGGUGUACAAACCUCUCACCACUCAUCCAAUGUGACAUUUCAACCCGUUUCUGCCAACAUAAGUCAAGGGAAUAUGCAGUUCAUGUCAAACGGCUCGAUCAUGCCAAGAAAAAUUAUUGAUUUACCAGAUUUCAGUGGAAGGGCUGAAGACUGGCCUAUAUUCCACACAGCCUUUGUGGAGUCAACUGCAGCUUACGGCUACAGCAACUUCGCAAAUAACCAGAGGCUACGGAAGUGUUUAAAAGGCGAGGCGCGUGAAGUGGUGAAAUCUCUGCUGAUUCACCCCAGCAAUAUCAGCUGCAUCAUCGAACAGUUGCAAUUCAGAUUUGGUCGGCCGGAGCAACUUAUACGCAGUCAGCUGGCCCAAGUACGUGAGAUCGGCCCUAUAUCCGAAAAUGCAGUCGGGAAACUGAUUCCGUUUGCCACGAAGGUGAGGAACAUUUGUGCUUUCCUUCAGUCUGCCAAUGGUGAACAUCAGCUUUCUAAUCCGACACUCCUCGAUGAGCUAACUUCCAAACUACCAACAAGCAAGCGAGUCGAGUGGGCUAUGGUUGCUGCUAAAGUACAGCCUCGGGCUACAGUGAUGCACUUCAGUGAAUGGCUAAAUUCACUUGCCAACGUGAUCUGUACCAUUUAUGAUGAAGAGCCCGGACGUGAUUCGAAGCGCCGAGUAGUCCUGCACGUCGACCAAAAACAACAGAUACGAAGGUGCCCAAUAUGCCAGGGCGCCCACAAAGCGUUUGAGUGCAAAUGCUUCAUUGAUGCAACAGUGGCAGACCGAUGGAGGGAGGCCAAAUCACGACGCUUAUGCUUCGCGUGCCUUCACGCUGGUCACGCUACACGAGAUUGCCAUCGACGAAAACAAUGCGCUAUCAAUGGAUGCCCCAGAAUGCACCAUAAACUGCUACACGAGGCCUCCAACAACAACACGCAGCCAGCACCAUCUCCAAGUAACGCAAGGGACGCAGAAGCGCAGUCAGCGCAACGUCAACAACACGAUAGCAGCCACUCGUCAACUCAACGAGUACUCCAACGCCAGCCUGCGAACGACGCAGAAGCCGCUGUCCUCAGCUGCUCCGCUGACGUAUGUGAAGGAAGACUUCUCUUUCGUAUUCUUCCAGUCACUUUGCAUGGAAGAAACAAGCGCGUCGAUACAUAUGCACUGCUGGACGAAGGUUCCUCAGUCACGAUGCUAGAUGAGGCACUCGCCCAAGAGCUGGGUCUGCAUGGGAAACAACAGCGCCUCAGCAUACAAUGGGUUGGUGGACGGUCAGCCCAAGAGCCUUCAGUUGUGGUGGACUUAUUUAUAAAUGGCCGUGGUAUGGAUAAAAAGCACAAGCUUCGGAACGUAUAUGCGGUGUCGAACCUACAGUUACCCUCGCAAAGCUUAUCCAGAGCUGACUUGCACAGCGACGAAAAGUACUUGCGUCAGUUGCCGGUUCAGCCAUACACCGGGGUGAUGCCAAAACUUCUAAUCGGCCUCGACCACUGCCACUUAGGUUUGCCAUCAACUACGUUGAGGAUGAGGGCAAAUGGUCCGUUUGCCGCCAACACUGAACUGGGCUGGGUGGUGUUUGGGCCAACCAGCAAAAGCCUGUCAGCAAAGCCUUCGUGCCUACUAGUCAAUAACGUGACGGAUGAGUCGCUGCAUGAGCUGGUUGAAAACUACUUCGCCGUUGAAAGUUUCGGGGUGCGGCCGUCACCGCCAAUCGAAAGCGCAUCAGACAUUCGCGCAAGGUCUAUUUUGAGUUCGGUCACACGCCGUGUUGGGGGCAGGUUUCAAACCGAUCUCAUCUGGAAGCGAGACGACGUCCAUCUGCCUAACAGCUACUCCAUGGCAUUAAGGAGAUUAGUGGGUGUCGAGAAGCGCAUGGGUCGAGACGCAAACUUCGAAGCAGCGUAUAAGGCAACGAUGGAGUCAUACAUCGAAAAGCGUUAUGCGCGUAAGCUUGAACCAGCGGAAGCAUCGAUGGUGACGUCUCGCACCUGGUACUUACCACAUUUCGCUGUGGUGAACCCUAACAAGCCAUCGAAGCUUCGAAUGGUGUUUGACGCCGCGGCCGAGGUCAACGGAGUUUCUUUGAACUCUAUGCUGCUAAAGGGUCCUCAAGAGUACCGGCCUCUGCCAUCGAUUCUCUUUCAUUUCCGCGAAGGAGCAGUUGGCGUAUCGGGUGACAUUAAGGAAAUGUUUCACCAGUUGGUGAUGCAGCCUGAAGACAGAUGCGCCCAGCGGUUUCUCUGGCGCGACGGUGACUCUCGAAGACAACCCAACGUGUACGAGAUGUGCGUCAUGACGUUUGGUGCCGUUUGCUCGCCAUGCGCAGCGCACUACGUCAAGACGCGAAACGCACAUGAACAUCACCAUAACUCCACAAGCCGAGCAAUAAAAGCAAUUCUGGACUACCACUACGUGGAUGACUUCGUGGAUAGCUUCGACACCCUUGAGGAAGCUAUCUCCAUCGCUCAAGAAGUUCGAGCUAUCCACCUGGACGCCGGAUUUGAGCUCCGGAAUUUCACCUCCAAUUCGCCAGAGGUACUUGCGGCUUUGGGUGGCGCUGCAUCUACCAAACCGAUUUCAAGCAAAGACGGCCUGGUGACUGAGAAGGUACUCGGUCUUUACUGGCAGCCGUCAACAGACAAGUUCAAAUUUAACUUGCAAUUUAACAAAGUCGACCCAGAGCGCCCAACCAAACGGGAACUCCUUAGCGUGGUCAUGUCGGUUUUCGACCCGCUAGGUUUUCUAAGCCACUUCGUUAUCGGCGCUAAAUUGCUUAUGAGAGAGGUGUGGAAACAAAAUAAGCGCUGGGAUGAACCACUGCCCGGCAACGCUGUAACUGUGUGGGGACGAUGGCGUAGUCAAUUGCCAGCCGUCACCGAGUACGCCGUUCCCAGAUUCUACUUCGGCAAUGGUAAGCUACAAUAUCUACAGCUCCACAUCUUUGUUGACGCCAGCGAAGACGCCUUUGCCGCUGUCGCUUACUGGAGAGCGACCAACUGCCAGAACGAGGUGAGUGCCAGCUUCGGCUGCGCGAAAAAUAAGUGCGCUCCUCUGAAACCGCUCACGGUACCGCGGCUAGAACGCGGUACAAGCUGUUUGUGCAGCACCACGUGGCUGAAAUAUUGGCCGCCACAAACGCCUCGAACUGGAAGUGGAUACCUACUGCAGAGAACGUAGCCGAC